AGUGGGUCCUGCUUCCUGCUGCCACACCUUGGGGCAGAGGCCCGGGACGGUCCCAGGGCCCGGGGAGCAGCCGCCCAGUGAGACGCCCUCCAGCUGGCCUACCUUGUCCAGAGACGUCCACCCGAGCGCGGGCCAGAGGGAGGCGAGAAGGACAGAGGGCGGGAGAGCCGUCCUGUCUCCACAAAAGGUGACGGCCAUGUCAGUGAGGGUGCGGUUCCUGAGCCCCGGGGACUCGGGGGCCGUGGGGGCCGUGGGCCGCAGCGCCUCCUUCGCGGGCUUCAGCAGUGCACAGAGCCGCAGGAUCGCGAAGUCCCUCAGCAGGAACUCAGUGAGGUCACGAACCCCCGCCAAGCCCCCCAGGACCUACAGCACGCUGCGCAAGGGCUCGGCCUGCCUGGACCCCCAGCCCCAGCAGGUGAAGAGGAUCUUUGAAGCGCUGAAGAGGGGUCUCAGGCAGCACCUGUGCGCGCAGCAGGCCGAGCUGGACCACCUGUGUGGACGCCACGCCGACGCCCGCAGGAACUCCAGGCUGGCCUUCUACUACGACCUGGACAAGCAAACGCGCUGCGUGGAGAGGCACAUCCGCAAGAUGGAGUUCCACAUCAGCAAGGUGGAGGAGCUCUACGAGGGCUACUGUGUCCAGUGCCGCCUGCGCGACGGGGCUGCCAACAUGCAGCGCGCCUUCGCCAGGUGCCCGCCCAGCCGCGCCUCCCGCGAGAGCCUGCAGGAGCUGGGCCGCAGCCUGCACGMGUGCGCCGAGGACAUGUGGCUCAUCGAGGGGGCGCUGGAGGUCCACCUGGGCGAGUUCCACGUCAGGAUGAAAGGCCUGGUGGGCUUUGCGCGCCUCUGCCCAGGAGACCACUAUGAGGUGCUUAUCCGCCUGGGCGGCCAGCGCUGGAGGCUGAAGGGCCGGAUCGAGCCGGACGACAGCCAGACGUGGGACCAGGAGGAGAAGGCCUUCGUCCCCACCCUGCACGAGAACUUGGAGAUCAAGGUGACAGAGCUUCGCGGCCUGAGCUCGCUGGUGGUGGGCUCCGUGACCUGCGACAUCGCAGACUUCUUCACGACGCAGCCGCAGACGGUGGUGGUGGACAUCACAGAGCUGGGCACCAUCAAGCUGCAGCUGGAGGUGCUGUGGAACCCAUUUGACUCUGAGAGCCUCCUGGUGUCACCCAGCCCCACGGGCAAGUUUUCCCUGGGCAGCAGGAAGGGCUCCUUGCACAACUGGACACCCCCAAGCACCCCCAGCUUCCGGGAGAGGUACUACCUGUCUGUCCUGCAGCAGCCAGCGCAGCCGGCGUUGCUGCUGGGCAGGCCAAGGGCCCCCUCCAUCCUCAGCUACCUGUCCGAGAGUGACCUCCAGGGCCYCAGCCUGCGCAGCCGGAGCCAGGAGCUGCCAGAGAUGGACUCCUUCAGCUCCGAGGAGCCCCGGGACGCCGAGACCAGCAGGUCGGCCUCUACCCCGGAUGUGGGGCUCCUGCCCUCGGCCGUUGACCCUGCCGCCGCCACUGAAGAGGAGGCCCCAAAGGGCCCCCCGCCCCUGGGCCUGCUGCCGGAGAUGGCCCACCUGGCGGGGGCCUGGCCUGCGGAGCAGCCUGGCUGCAGGAGCCGGGGAGCAGGGAGCCCCAACCCGCCCCAGGGCCCCCUGACCCACAGCUGCCCGCUCCCGAGCAGCCGGGAGGACCAGGACGAAGGAGAAGCUGGGGCUGCCAUGGACGGGCCUGCCGUGGCCCCCGAGAGGCCCCUGCACGAGGUCCUGGAGUUACUGAGGUCCACGGGCCCUGGCCAGCCCCAGCUCCGGGAGCUCGAGUACCAGGUCCUCGGCUUCAGGGACCGGCUGAAGCCCCGCGGGGCCCGGCAGGAGGAGGCCGCGGCCGAGAGCCUGAUGGACUGCAUCCUGGAGAGCUUCGCCUUCCUCCAUGCCGACCUUGCUCCCGACCAGCUGUCCCUGUUCGGGGACUCCCAGGGUCUGCGGAAGGACCGGCCCCCGCCGUCCCCACCGAAGGGGUCCUCCAGGGAGCUCACAGCUGGUGCCCGGGAGCUGGACGCGCUGCUCACGGUCCACCUGAAAGUCUGCAAAGCCCUGCUGCAGAGACUGGCCUUCCCCAAUCUGGCGAGGGUGGUGCAGGACUGCCUCCUGGAGGAAGCAGCCCAGCAAAAGCAGAUUCUGGAGACGCUUUCUGACCUUGAUUUUGACAAGGUCAGCAACGCGACAUCCAUUGAAGAGGUCAUUCCGCAGGCCUCCCACGGGAAGGGCUGCCUGGCGCUGUGGCACGGGUGCACGGGGCCCGGCAGCAUCCUGUCCUGCCCCGCCACGACGCUCCUGGGCCAGCUCAAGAGGACCUUCCUGCACAGAGUCCGAGGGAAAUACCCAGGACAGCUGGAAAUAGUGUGCCGCAGGCUCCUGGAACAGGUGGUCAGCUGCAGAGGGUUGCUCCCCGAGGCUGGGCUCCUGGAGCGACAGACUGUCACCUGGUUCCAGUUUCACAGCUACCUGCAGAGACAGAGCGUCUCUGACCUGGAGAAGCACUUUGCCCAGCUCACCAAGGAAGUCACGCUCACCCAGGAACUGCACUGCGCAGGGCAGCUCAGGACCGUCAGGAAGCUGCGGGGAAAGCGGCUGGGCCUGCUCCAGCCGCUGCCCCAGACCUUGAGAGCCUGGGCGCUGCUGCAGCUGGACGGGCCCCCACGGGUGUGCAAGGCGGCCAGAGCUCGCCUGGCCAGCGCAGCCAAGAACAGGAGCUUCCGGGAAAAGGCUCUGCUCUUCUACACCGACGCYCUGACCCAGCCUGACGCCAGGCUCCAGCAGGCUGCGUGCAUGGCCCUCCAGCAGCUCAGGGGCAUCGAAAGCAUCGAUCAGAUUGCCAGCCUGUGCCAGUCUGACCUUGAGGCCGUGCGGGCUGCAGCCCGGGAAGCCACACUGUCAUUCGGUGAAAAAGGACGCUUAGCUUUUGAAAAGAUGGACAAACUUCGCUUAGAACAAAGAGACGGCUUUGGCCAGGAAGCAGAAGUUGAAAUCACAGUAUUUUAAAAAGCCUCAGCUGAGGAGCUCACAUCUGGAAUUUUUCCCCGUUGCUACGCAGCCCGACACAGUGCCUGAGCUUUGCGGGGGGCAUACUGGGUGUCCCCCACGAAUGUGAGCUGGUCCAAGUGGCUGCUGAGCCUCGGACUACUGCAAACCCUGGGGCCCAAGUGGCGCUUUUACAGAAGCAGAAGCCGCUGGUGUGCUGUGCGGCCAGGGCUGCGGCCUCACCCGCACACUCCGCUUCUGCCUUUGAGAAUCUGACCCGCCCCAGGACACAGAGGCAGGUGGCCGUGGACAAAGGUGCCAAGGCCAGGCCAGGCGAGGUUCUGCCUGAAGGACUCCAGGUAGACGCGUGCRUGGAACGUGCAGCUUCCUACGUGUCCGCUGGCUCGGUGCUCCUGGCUCAGAAAAUCCUGGGGCUGAGGGGCCGGGGGUGGGCCAGGUGGCUGACCAUGCUACCAAAGCCUGUGGUGGCCCAAGUCAUUUCAACAGCAGCUCGCGUCACCUUGGCGAGCAGGGGAGGUGGGAGGCUUGAGGCCAGCACGUCUAUGCCACUCUGGCCGSCCACGCCUGGUUUUCACCACGUCCAACAGCACAAAGGAGAGCAGACAAGACCUGGCCACGGAGCCUGGGGCGUCACGAGCUUUGGUCACACAGGUCAAAAUGGAACCCAACGUUUGAAGCAAGUCGACCUGAGGCCUGUUAAAUAAAUGGCUCCAGCAGCCACGGCUGGUGUGGAAGGACCUCGGCAAGGGCUGCUUUAAGAGGGAAAACUAGCCCCCCCCCCCGACUCUGUUAAAAAAAAAACAACACACAAAACCCCGUGUCCUGAGAUGUGUGUCAACGAUGUGGUGAACUGUGGGGUGUGACUGUCCUGUCAG